AUGAGAAAGAGGCCCCUCUCCCAUUUUGAGCUGCCCAACGACAAAUGGAACUUAGUAGACGACAGCCUGCUGUACCGAAUCGUCAAAGACGCGGAAGACAAAAUUUACAAGAAGAUUUUCUCGUUCGACCUGGACAACACCCUAAUCCUGUCCCGCUCCUUCUUCAAGCCAGCGCAAAACGAGCACGACUACAUUUUUUACGCUGACGUAAUCGAUUUUCUAAAAAAAAAAAAACAGAAAAUUACAAAAUCAUUAUUUUCUCCAACCAAAAAGGAGUAAAUGCAAAAUAAUAAAGCCCAAAUUGAUGAAAUCAUUUAUGUAGGGGAUAAUGCCAACCGAAUUUAUGAUGACCAUUUCAAGACAAAAUUUAUUAAUCACCUCAAGUGUGUGUAUUCUCAAAAUAAGGUGAAUAUCAAUAUAGGCGAAAUUGCAAAGAGGUUGAAAAAGGACUACACAGACACAGAUUUGAAGUUUGCCCUGAAUAUAAAUGCCACAUUUUACACCCCCGAGGAGCUGUUCCUGAACAUAAAAAAUAAUUUAUCAGCCGAGUUUCCCUUCAACCCGUGUAGCUUGCUCAAAAAUGUAGAUAACAAACCAAAUGAGCAGGACGCUCAAAAUUUUGUUAACAUAAAUUUAGAGGAACUGAAAACAAAAAAUAAACAUAUAGAUAUGAUCAGACAAACUAUUACAAGCGGGAAAAAUGUCAUAAUGGACAACGCAAAUAUGUACGUAAAAAACAGGCUAAUUUAUAUCACGGAGGCCAAAAAAAUAAAUCCCAACUUAAGGGUUAGCGCCAUUUUCUUUCAAUACUCCAAAGAGUUGGUUUUUCACUUGAACAACUUCAAAAUGAUUACUGAUGAGGAAAAUAUAAUGCACGAAGUUCCGACCAUUGCCAUUCACUCCUUUUAUAAAUAUGUGCAAGUUCCCUCCGAAAGUGAAAACUUCGACCGAGUCGUAACUCUGCAUGAUGAGCACUUUGUGCCAUCCGAUUUGCAGAACGAGGAGCGCCGAAAGUUAUUUUUUUCGUACUUGUACUAA